AUGUUUCAGAAGAAGCCAUUAUUGGAAAGCAUGGGAGAAACGCUCGAAACGGAACUCACAAAAGAGAUGGCAAGCAGCGCCAACGCUUUUAUGGUUUUCAUGAACCUUUUAAGGAUGAUGAAGACAGGGGUGAAUGUUCUCCCAAGAUCAACAGGAGCUAAUCAUCGUUAUGCAGCUCUGCAAGCCAUGCUGCAAGUAGCACGAACGACACGAGAGAGCACUAGUGAUAAUUGA